AUUUUCUCACAGCCAGCGCACACUAGAAUGCUGUAAGUGGUUGAUUUGGCAGGCAAGCGGGCCUUGAUUGACAGGCAUCCCCAGCCUUGCCUGGAUGCCUCGAUGCCUGUAAAACUCGGCAUUCACAGCCGACCUCGUGUUCUCCUCGCUUCUCUUUGUCCAACUUCGUCUUGACAACGCCGGGCGCUCUUCAGCUAUUGUUCUUCGGGAUAAUCUUAACCCAAAUCAUUCUGUUGCUUUUGCUGUUAUGAUUCCCUUCUUGUGUGGCUGAACACAUUCCUCCUGACAACCAACUCUCUCAUUCCGAACUGCUGCGCGCCCGGCAUCCUAAGGCUAUCACUCUUUAAGCAGAUAUGGCUCCCGUUGGUCUCCUGACUAAACUCAGGACUCUGAUCGCAAAGGACUAUGAUGCGCCUGCCAUUUCAACACAGACCGCGGCCUUUCUCUCGGUUUGCCUUACCCUGGUCUAUGUGGUUCCUUUCUAUGUGAACCCCACGACCCGGCCAUCGCCCACCCUGAGUAGAGAUGCGCCGUCGGUAAUCCGGGCCAGAAUUAGAGCAGUGACAUUCUCAUGCACCAUCAGUAGCCUGGUCGUCUUAUGGCUACUCGCUGCCAAAGAAAAUGCCUCUUUCUCACGAGCUCUCCACUUCUUGGGAUGGUGGCCUGUCGGUCUCGUGGACAUUUUCCGCAGCUUGCUCCUCACAGCCAUCCUAUUCGCCGGUCCACUGUUUGAGCGUGGUAUUGCUGAAGGCGAAUGGAGAGAGUGGAUUCAGGGAGGCAGAGUUACUGCAUCGCUUCGCAGCUGGAUUGGAUGGAGAAACUAUGUAGCGGGUCCCAUCACCGAGGAGGUCAUGUUCCGCUCAGCCAUCGUUCCCCUUCAUCUCCUUGCCAAGGUUGAUCCUGGCCGCAUCGUAUUUGUGGCUCCUCUCUAUUUCGGCAUUGCUCACGUACACCAUUUCUAUGAAUUUCGCCUCACUCAUCCUGACACAUCGGUCGUCGCUGCUUUAUUGAGAUCAGUCUUUCAAUUCGGCUACACGACGAUUUUCGGCUGGUAUGCCACCUUUGUCUACCUUCGUACUGGGUCUCUUCUGGCAGUUAUCCUCGCCCACACUUUCUGCAACUGGUGCGGAUUGCCUCGAUUGUGGGGAAGAGUAGAGGCGGGCGUACCCAUGGGACCGCCCAUGGUCAAAGGAAAAGGAUCUUCUGACGCGGCAUAUGGCCAACUCAGUCUAGGCUGGACCAUUGCAUACUACGUGAUCUUGGUCGCGGGGGCUAUUGGCUUCUUCCAGGCGCUAUGGCCUUUGACAGAUUCGCUGAACGCAUUAGCCAGCUUUUCUGUUACGGCCAAAUGAUUAUAAUGAAGAGAAACAGCAUAUAGCGGACGGAUGAUCUGAAGGGUCGCAGCAUCGACUUCUUGUCUGUCUUGGGCCAAAUGGCCAGCUUUUCGGUUCAUGGAUUUGUCUGCCAUCAUAGCGACAAGCAUUGUUGUGAGUAGCUUGACCGCAUGCAGCAUUGUUAUGACCAUAGUAUUCUUAAUGUCCAACAUCUCAAUUUGAUCGAAAUGAAUUCUUAUAUAUGCAUCAAGGCAAUUUGGAC